GCGGGCGGCGGGCGGCAUUCUGGCGCGGAGCGCAGCAGCAGCGGGCGCAGCUAGCGGGUCAGCUGUGGAGCGGGGGUGCAGCGCGCUUUGCCCCCCGUACCCCUCCCCCUCGGACGCAGCCCCACCCCUCUGCCCGCCGGGCCGUCCCAGCCGAACUAUCCCCUGCGGCGCCAGCGCGGGGCGGCUCCGGGCGCCCCCAGCAGACCCCCAUCAUGGGCAGCCAGAGCUCCAAGGCUCCCCGGGGCGACGUGACCGCCGAGGAGGCAGCGGGCGCUUCCCCCGCGAAGGCCAACGGACAGGAGAAUGGCCACGUGAAAAGCAAUGGAGACUUAACCCCCAAGGGUGAAGGGGAGUCACCACCCGUGAACGGAGCAGAUGAGGCAGCUGGGGCUACUGGUGAUGCCAUCGAGCCAGCGCCCCCUAGCCAGGAAGCUGAGGCCAAGGGGGAGGUCGCCCCCAAGGAGACCCCCAAGAAGAAAAAAUUCUCUUUCAAGAAGCCUUUCAAAUUGAGUGGCCUGUCCUUCAAGAAAAGGAAGGAGGGUGGGGGUGAUUCUUCAGCCUCCUCACCAACAGAGGAAGAGCAAGAGCAGGGGGAAAUCAGCGCCUGCAGUGAUGAGGGCACUGCCCAAGAAGAGGCUGCUGCCACCCUGAGAGCCAAGAGCCCCAGGCCAAGGGGGGCAGAGGCCAGUGCUGUCUCCAAGGGAGGAGACACGGAAGAAGAGGCAGGGCCUCAGGCUGCAGAGCCAUCCACUCCCUCGGGCCCAGAGAGUGGCCCCGCAUCUGCCAGUGCUGAGAAUGAGUAGCUGGGCGGGGGCUGGUGGGUGAUCUCUAAGCUGCAAAAACUGUGCUGUCCUUGUGAGGUCACCGUCUGGACCUUGUGCCCUGGCUGCCUUCCUGUGCCCAGAAAGGAAGGGGCUUGUUGCCCCGUCCCAGCCACGCUCCCUCUUCUCCCUCCUGUGGAUUCUCCCAUCAGCCAUUUGGUCUUACUAUUAGGCCAGUUGAAGAUGGUCCCUUACGGUUCCCAAGUUAGGUUAGUGAUGUGAAAUGCUCCUGCCCUCUCUCCUUCCCAAGCACCAUCCCUGCUGAAGGCAACUGCUGGGUUUCCAAUUCUUUUCCAAGUUCGUUUUGUUUAUCCUGCUUCUUAAGCCCCUGAGCCAGAAGUGGGGGCUUAUACUCCCAAACCCUGAGUGUCCAGCUUUUUUCCCUUGUUGAAUUCUUAGUCUCUUGUGCUGUGCCUAGUGGCAUCUGGGCUGGGGAGGGCAUUGCCCCUGUCUGGGUUUUUAUAAAUGUCUUACUCAAGUUCAAACCUCCAGCUUGUGAAAUCACCAUGUCUCUGACUUGAUAAGCAAGUAUUAGGCUUCAGGCGGGAGGGAGGUCUGUAAUGUGAAACAACUCCUUGUUGUCUUUCCCCCCUCCCAUUGUUGUAAAUAACUUUUAAUGGCCAAACCCCAGAUUUGUACUUUUUUUUUCUAACUGCUAAAACCAUUCUUCCACCUGGAUUUACUGUAACAUUUGGAAAAGGAAUAAAUGUUGUCCCUUUAGUGAU